AUGACCGCCGCCGACUGGAGUAAGACGGCCUUGCCUGCCUGGACACGAACCACACUGCCGAAACGUACACAUCGUGUGGGCUUGCUCGCUGUAUUGAGCGCUCUAGUCGUGUAUGUUCUCUUCUGGCCUUCAAGCAUACCGGACGACCGUGGAGUCUGGAGUAAGACAGAGAAGCAAUGGGUCGAUCCACCUGUCGCACCCGAUGCUCACAGGCUUCGAAUGGCUGACGACUUCUGGCCGCACUUCCAGAAUGUAACCCGCAUGCGCGGGAUCAGCAUGGCUGAGGCCAAAUCAGGCUGCACUUGGCCCGAUUCAGAGCGCAAGGACAUCAAUUUUCAAUUUGGCGAGAACAGUGGCUGGGGCUUAGAUCUGAGCUGGGUCAAGCACGAUCGCAGUGAUUCUGAGCUGAAAAGGCACCGAGCUCGCUUACAUGACUAUUUAACGAACGGUAUGAUACCUUACGAGGAAUAUGCUGAAAACUUCCACGGUCGAGGUUUGGUGAUCCUUGCGGGUGAUGGACGAAGUCUGAAGCGCAUGCACGUCAUUCUCAAGCAGCUCAAGCGGCUGGGUUGCACGUUGCCCAUAGAGUUCCAUUAUUAUGGGAACGAGCAAACCCAUGGCGUACAAGACGAGCUUAGCAAAAGUUGGGAUGUGGUGUACUUCAACGACCUUGCUGGCAAGCACAACAUCUUCCCGGUCUCGUACAAUCUGGCUCAUGGCAUCCACUACCAAAUGAAGAACGCUGCAAUGUUGAACUCGCGCUUCGAAGAGCCGUUCCUUUUAGACUCGGACAACGUGCCCGUGGUCAACCCUGAAUCCCUAUGGGAAUCUGAUCUGUACAAAGAGUACGGCACUAUAUUCUGGCCUGACAUCGCACGGACGAGAUACAACAACCCAAUCUGGGGCAUAACCAACACCAAAUGUCGCAUGGAUGAGUAUGAACAGGAGAGCGGACAAUUGCUAGUCAACAAGCGAAAGUUUUGGUAUCAUCUGCAGCUUGCCCUUUGGUUCUGCGAGCCUGUAUUGACAGGUAACGACCACUACUUUGGAAAUAUUCUGCUUGGUGACAAGGAUACUUUCCGCUUCGCCUGGCAUGCUCUCAAGACCAAGUAUGGCUAUCCCUCAAAAUGGCUGUCCACUGUCGGCACACUGUCCGAUGGCUUCUUUUGUGGACACACUUUCGGACAAUAUCACCCUGAUGGUCAAUUGGCAUUCCUGCAUGGAGGCACACUCAAGACCAUGCCUGGUCCUGUUAUUCAGUGGCAGAAGGAAGGAAGAGGCGGCAUCUUCCAAUAUUACCAGAAGUCUAUCUACGAAGAGCGACACGAGUUUCACGAGAAGAUAGGCCUCAAAUUCGACGGCCAUAGCUACAUGCCAGAGCCGAAAGAUGGUAUGCCAGCGGGAUGGUGUUCUGAGAUGCCAGACGUUGAGCCACGACCGUUCGAUGAACUGGUGCCCGGCUGGAAUGAUGUGUUUGACGAACUGGGAGGAUACUGGAUGAUAUACGACACGAGCAAUGCGCCGAUACAUGGUUGA